UCGAGUAGGCAGGUGACCAAAUAAUCAUAUGACUUGACUUGUGAAAGUUAAGCACGUGACUUUUAUUUACCGUUCCAAGUUGGAAGUAAAUAUAGAACUUUCUGCUAUGGGAAUGGUGUCUAGAAGAUGUAACUAAAAUUGUUUCAAGAAUUGGGGUUGAAGGUAAAAGACAGUAUGGCUUUACUGAACAGGUUGUUUCCUUCUAGAAAGAAAAGCCACAAGCAAGGUUAUGUUACGUUUGGUAAAAAUGAAACUGAAAGUUGGAAGCCUUUCAACUUCAGCAAAGACCAAGUAAGAGUUCUGCUAUUUAGGGAAUGUGAUUGGAGGGGUCGUAAAUUAUUGUUUGACUCAAAAGCUGUUCAGAAAGUAUCGUUGGAGAAUCAGCAUUGCAGCAAGCUUAAAUUUGGGUCACGGCAGAAAUUUGACAGCAAAAAGACUGAUAUGUAUGUUGAAGUUACAAACGGAUUUGGUUACCAGUAUAUGAAACCAAACUCGGACGUGACAGUAUUGGGUGAAAUGAUAUUUGGUUCUGUUGCAAUGGCCUUCCAAGGGAGUGUGUUGAAGGUUCACAGCAUGAAGUCACCAUUUCGCCUUAUAUGUACAAAAGUCUUCCAUUCGCCUGUAACGGGCAUUCGCAGCAGGGGAGUCAGUGACCGCAGCUUGGAAGAUUCAUGUGGCAGCUCAAUCAACUCGAUGAGUGAAUACUUCACUUCACAGGGCAUUUGCCCAGAUGCAAAGGAAGCAAGCGUUGGAAGUGGUCCCCUGGACAUUGAGCUGAGGACAAAACACCAUUAUAACAGUUUAGAAGUGGACAGCGGUUUCUGUGGAGAUGCAUCCUUGCAGUCAACAAGUAGUUUGGGGUCUGGGGGCUAUUCUUCUGGUGGACUUGGGACUUAUACUUCGAGUCCAGACUCCAGACGAAGUUCUGGCUCGUACCUUAACAAUCCAGUGUCAUGUCAUUCUGGUGGCAGUCUGUCAAGCCUUCAGCGACGUUGGCUGAGGAACAUGAGUACAUCCUUGGAGCUUGGCUCACAAGGUUUUCCUUGGUGCUCCAGAAGCACAAUGAACGAUCUUCCUAGUGAAGAUACUAGUCAGCCUGGGCACCGCAGAACAAAACUCGGACUUGCUGUAGUUAUCAGUCUGACACCAGAGGAGGAAAAAGAAAUGCAUUUCUUCUUCUUUGAACACAUGACUGUGAUGGAGGGAAUAAUGGAGAGGCUUCACAGCUGUGUCGAGCGUGCCUACCUACACAAGGAGAUGUUCGUCCAUCUCAUGAUGGAAGGGUCUGAAGAUGUGCAGCAGUGGCUUCUUGAUGUGUUUUCGGCUCCUCGGUUGUCUUUACCUGUGUGGCUGGGUCUUACAUCUGGCUUGAAUGAUCUGAACUGUGCCCUCUCACACAACUUUCUGCAGGACCUGUGUCAUCUCAUUGCAAACAUCGAUACUAAGGCUACCAACUUUUUUGUGAGCACUCUAGUGACAGCUGUGCUGACACAUCAUUUGGGCUGGGUUGCCACUAUUCUGCCUGGGAAAAUGCCCCUUCCUCACAUCUCAAAGAAACCCUGCACUGGACAGCUGUUGGAUGCACUGUCAAAAUCACACCCAUACAACCCUUUGUGGGCCCAGCUUGGAGAAUUGUAUGGUGCAUUGGGUUUCCCAGUGAAGGUAGCAAAAACGGUUGUCACAUCUAGUGCCAAGAAACUGGAACUUCUAAAUAGGAUUCUCAAUUCAUUGACGUACUUCAUUCGCUGCAGUGAGGUCGAGAAACGAGUUAUCGAAAAUGAGGAUUCAACAGAGGAGUGUCUGGAUGAAAUGAAUACAGCCACAAUUAAGAAAUCCAACAGCACAUCCACAACAACUUUGCUGAAUGAAGAUUUGCUGCAUCCUCAGUCAUCAUUUACAAGACAUUUUCUUUCAGGUCAUGACGUGAUGACAGUAUUUGAUAAUAGGGUUGACCAUGGAGUAGAAAUAGGCAGGGAACUUGAAGCUGAGAAUGGGGCAUGCCCAAUUCCGGAUAGAUAUAGUGUUAAUGUGGGAACUAAGUGUAGACCACUGUCUUCUGAAGUGUUUAAAGAUCACUACAUUUCAGUGCAGAAUGUUGGAAGCAUUGAAGACAGUAAUUGUUCUAGUGCACAAAAAUCAUCUGUUCCUUUAGGUCAGUCACGUGUCGAAGGUGGGAGCGUUAGAGAUCUGAGAAGCAACGUUCAGUUGUCAGCCCCGCAGGUAAGCGGUAUGAGACGAACUGCCAGUUUCAUGAAGAGACUAGACAGUACUACCACUGUGAUAGAUCUUGGACACUCAGAUUCAAAAUCCUCUACAAGAACCGGUCAAUUGUAUCCAAGUUUAGCAGAUUUAAACUUAGUUGAUGAUGAUAAUGAGACUCAAAAUAGCAAUCUUUCUUUAAAUCCUAAUAAUGACUCUAGUGCAGCAGAUUCAAAGAUGUCUGAAGUUAAUAAAAUGAACAGUGAUUUUUCAUUCUGUCAUGAAGAUAUAUCUCAGAAAGUAAGCCGUUUAUGUCGUGUUCCCACUUCCGCGAUACUAUAUCACCUUCAGAAUGAGGAUAACGGCAAAGAGAGUAGAGUUGAAGAGAUUGUUUUACCAAAACGAGUGGAGAGUGAACGACAGAGAUCUUCUGCUAGAACUGCUCCUCUGUUCAAAGCAAAGCCUAAUGAAGUUUUAGAAAACUCGAAGAGCCCUUCAUCACGUUCAUAUGUAGUGGCUUGUGAGAGAAAUACUGUUACAAGCAUUAGUGAAGAUAGUGAGAGCGGGUCACGAAAAGGUGAUGUGAUAUUUGUGAUAGGUGACAAUGAACGGCUGGUUGAUUUAAAGCAGUCGCAUAAAUCUGAAAGUGAACACAAUGAGAAAGUCAACAGGGGAAGUUUAGGUCAUGAUGCCUGUGAUGAUUAUCCCUCUGUAAUGAGUAGUUCUAGCCUACAGGACCAUGAGGGAGGUGGGAACUCAUGCAAACAUGCACCCCUGGCAAGCCAUUCCAGUUUAGCAGUGUCGUGUUUAGCCAGUGAUGUAAAGUCUCCUGCAUGCGAACAUGAAUGUGACUCAACAAACAAAUUUAAAUUAAAUAUAAAUUUAGGUUUAGGAAGUUGUGAAUUUCAGAAAGAAAGCAUAAAUAUGUCUGCAAAGGAGGUAAGAACCAAACAAUGCACAGCUUGUUCUACAAGCAAGAAUGGUCAUCGAGUCAUAACGGUCCGCCCAUCUGUGAUAGAACUUGAAGAUGAGUGUAGUGGAGUGAAAACAGAUUUACCUGUGAAGAAUUCUGUAAAAUCCAGCAAACCUGUUUCACGAUCUCUUAGCCUUUUAAGUUCGCUAUCCAGAGAAAAUGUGAGAAAGAAUGCAUUAUUUUUUUGUCGGAGACACAGUGAUUGCGUUUUUGAGAUUAGCCGUUACCUUAAGGAUUAUCACAGUGUACGGUUUCAUUUUGAGCGUUGUGAAGGCGUUCUUAUGAAUUACAUACAAGGCAGAGACAAGAAGAAGAAUUUGCAUCUGACAGACAAGAAGACAGAUAAAGUAGCAGAAGCAAGAGAAAAUUUUUCUUUAACGGAAAGCUGUGUGGUGUGCGAAAAAUAUAGCUCUGUAAAUACGGAUACUUUCAGCGUUCGUUAUAGUGUGAAUAAAACUCUGGUAGAUAAGACCAGUGAUGAUUGUGAUACGCCUGUAACAAAGGGAGAGAAACACUCGGACUCUGUGAGUGAUUACACAAGUGAAAGAAAUGCAAUCUUUGAUGAUUAUAGCAACUUGUCAGAUGAUGACGUUCUAUGUGAUGUCAGGACAGCCAGUCAGAAAGCAGAGGAUGGUGGGAUAACAUCUACAGAUGAGCAGCAAUGUGAAUUCAUACUUGAACUACCCAUGCCAAGAUGCAAAGCAGAGAAGUGCAACAAGCAGCGGUGUGGUUUUGCAGCGUCACUCAUGGGCAGUACAAGUGAUCAUUACAUCCCCGACAUGGUUUUGCAAGGAUGCACACAGUUACCUAAGGGCUGGGAAGCGAAUCUGAGGCGGGAUCUAGCACUCGCUGCCCACCAUCCCCUGUUGGAUCAAGAGGUGACAGAGGCUGUCUGCAUCAUUGCCAACAUUGAUACCUGGGAGGUUCAGCUGGUUUCAAGUCACACGUAUGUUGUGGAUAAACCAGGAACACUGGGAGUACGUGUUGGCAUGUCUCGGCUUGUGGCCAACAUGCUGGAAUCAUUGCUAUACCUGUGGAGGUUAAAGACUUCUCCUGAACAUUGCCUACUGCAUUUAGAAUCCAAGCUGAGAGAACUGUUUCUGCGUAGUCAGGCUCUAGCAGAGUUGUUACUGACAACAGAGUUCUGUGACAUGGAACUCCUCACUACCAGCUUGGAUCUGGAUGCUAAUGACGUGCCUCUCCUCCUGGCUGUAGCUUCAACUCACACGCCACAAGUGACAGAGCGGUAUGGACUCAGCUUCAGAUAAUGGUGUGAGGAACAUAUAUGGCAGUAUGGGCCUUGAAGUACUUCCAACAAAGAAAUUUGUCCAUGGUAAUAUAAACUAUGCAUACUGGUUAAUGUACAGUGCACCACAUUAUCAUACAUUAGCACUUAUUUGCUAUACUUAUGCAAAUACAGGGGUGCUUUAUUUCAUUUCAUUUCACAGCAUAUAAAGCAAGCAUGGUAGCACCAUGAUUGACACCCCCACCCUUGAAUGUAUGAGUAAGGGGUUGGAUUGCUGAGGGGAUAAUCAAAAGGGGAAGCACAAUAGACCAUUGUAGGUUGCAGUGCAAGGGCUGAGAAGGCCUACCCCUUAUACAUUCAUUCAUUCGUUCAAGGAGUUGGCUUUAAUUGGUCCACACACCAUGACCAAUAGUGAUCUGCUGGGCACCCCCUCUGUUCAUUUCCCCAACAGUCACUACUGUCAGAAACUUUAUGUUUGGUCAUUGUGUCUUUCCUUUGGAUGGGACCACCCUCCACCCUCACGUCCAUUGUGAGACCUACGUAUUAUGCUGCAUCCUCCUUUCAUCUCACCCUGAAGAUGGCAAAACUCUGAAACAUCUUAAAUAAAUGAUGUGGCUAAACCUUGAAAAUCAAAAUUAUACAUUAACAGAUGUGAAUGACACAGUUUUUGGGCCUCGAGGAUUGUAUGAGGUGGUAUUGGAAAGUUCCCGGACUCUUACUGUUGUGACACAGUUUUUGGGCCUUGAGGAUUGUAUGAGGUGGUAUUGGAAAGUUCCCGGACUGUUACUGUUGUAACUGCCUUGGUCAAAGAAGAUGAGAAGGGAGGUCAAGGUCACACUUCUGCAAGGCUAUUUGCUCAGUCUGUCACGUGACACCAUGUGUAAGGGUGGGCCAUAAAAUCCAGCCCUCGCACUGCGACCUUCAGUUAUCUAUUGUGCUUCAAAAGACGUGACACCAUGCUGUGAACACACAUUGUUUUUACACAAGUGAUUUUUCGACCUAGUGUUUUGUUUUGUUUUGUUUUGUUUGCGAUGGAUGGGCGAAUUGAACAAUGUGUCUGCAUCAAGUUUUGCAUGAAGCUCAGUAAGUCCACUAUUGAAAUCCUUGAAAUGCUUUGUGAGGCUUUUGGAGAAUAUUCUUUAAGCCGGACAGCGGUUUUUGAAUGGCAUUCACAUUUCAAGACCGGUUGAGUGCCAGUUGAAGUUGGCAAACGUUCAGGGUGACCAAGCACCAGGAAAACAAUAGAAAAUGUUGAAAAAAUUCGAUAACUCAUCAAUGAAGAUUGUCUCUGAGCAAUCCAUGAGCUCGCAGACACUGUUGGGAUCAGUUAUGGAGUUUGCCAGAUCUUAACAGAAAAUUUGAACAUGCACCUCAUUGCUUCUUCAUCACGACAAUGCGCCUGCCCACACGUCCUUGAAAACCACAGAGUUUGUGACUAACAGCAACAUGGUUAUCGUUCCUCAUCCUCUGUACUCAUGGGACUUAGCCUCCUGUGAUUUUGCAUUGUUUGCCAAAUUGAAAAUGAAACUGAAGGGACAGCGUCUGACGUCCAAAGGGAAUCACAAGUGGUACUCUACAGCAUUAAGGAAGAUGCCUUCCACAGUGGUUCUAAAGUGUGGAAAAAAUUAUGGGAUCACUUUAUACAUUCCAAAGGAGACUGUUUUGAAGAUGGCAGCCAGAAUUGAGUAAGUUGAGCCAGCAUUUCUUUUUUGACCUAGUCCUGGAACUUUCAAUAGCACCUCAUAAUAGUACUUUAUUUAUAGAAGUACCCAAACAUUUCAAAGCAUGGAAAUCUACUCACACUGUCCUGAUGGUAGAGUUGGUGCAUAACAUAGCAGGGGCUUGUAUUCAAAGUAUAACACAAAAAAGACAAUUCUUAAGUAAAUAUGGAAAUGUUUGGGGGUACAUACAUUGGACACAUCACAUUCUUCUGAAUGUUGUCAGAUACUGAGUUGUUUUUAUACAUCACACUGAUGACAGUGUCAUGAAUGCCACAGUUUCUGCCUGGUGGAUGCUUCAGCACUGUCCACUGAGGGUCUGCCAUGAUUUUUCUUUUCUUUAAGUUAGUCGUUUAACAACAGUGUCAGUAUAGAGACUAUGUAUCAUUGAUGAUAGAAUGAAUAAUGACUGUGAAACAGAUGGUGGGGUGAGAACUGGCAGGAGAGACUGACAUACCUAGAGAGAACAUGUCCCCUGCACCACUUCCAACCAUAAUCUGCCAGAACCAGAACCAGGACCAUGUCCUUGCUGUUUUAUAUAUACCAAACCAGGGCUUCAUGAAUCUAAUCCACAUCUGAGAACAAUGUCUAAAUUUUUGGUGACUGGAUCAGUAAUUAUAUUUACUCUAUACAUUGAUGAAUUAAUGAAAAAAAUAAGAAGCCAGAGCAUUGAAUGUGCUUCAUACUGAGAAUAAUUUCUCAGAAUAAAAUAAGUAAAAAUCUUUUCAGUAAGUUGGAUUUGAAAUUCU